AGCCAGUUAAUCAAUCAAUCGUUAUGGUAAGUACGGCUAAAGACGGCGCUGAUCUCUGAGAUGCGGCCGGAUCUUUGUAAACGUACCGAGAGAUGGUGCGCGUCUCUUUUUUUUUGCUGAGUUUGCUCGACAAACUGUAGAGAUUAGUGCUCGAUGACCGAUUUUCCUAGAGUAUUAACCUCGAUGACCCAGCCUUCGAAAAAAGUUGCUCCAGCGCCUUUAGCCAAACAGCAGAAAGCUGUCAAGACGUCUGUCUACGACGCGACACCUAGAAACUACGGAAUCGGACAGAAUGUCCAGCCAAAACGGGCCCUGAACCGGUUUGUGAAGUGGCCGCAGUACGUGAGACUGCAGAGACAGAAGAAGGUUCUGACUAUGAGACUCAAGGUGCCGCCUGCUAUCGCCCAGUUUUCCCACACUCUGGACCGAAACUCUGCCGUGGCAUUGUUCAAGUUGCUGAACAAGUACAGACCAGAGACAAAGUCCGAGAAGAAGGAGAGACUGUCGAUGGAGGCGGCCGCUAUUGCGGAAGGCAACAAGAAGGAGGACGUUUUUUCCAAGCCGUUUGUUGUCAAGUACGGACUCAACCACGUUGUUUCAUUGAUUGAGAACAAGAAGGCCAAGCUGGUGCUCAUUGCCAACGACGUGGAUCCGGUCGAACUGGUGCUGUUUCUGCCUGCUCUGUGCAAAAAGAUGGGUGUUCCAUACGCCAUCGUCAAGGGUAAGGCGCGUCUGGGUGCAUUGGUGCAUCAGAAGACCGCUGCUGCUGCUGCAUUGGUGGAUGUCAGACCCGAGGACGAGGCUACGUUUGCGAAGCUUGUUUCGACAGCGGACGCCAACUUCUCCGAGAAGUACGAGCAGGCUAGAAAACAGUGGGGUGGUGGCGUCAUGGGCGCCAAAACCACCGCUAAACUGGCCAAGAGAAGUAGAGCCCAGGCGCAGUAGCCUGGCCAUAUAGACCUGUGUACUUUCCAAAAACCGUGUGACUGCG